AUGUCUGCUUCCAUUCUUUUCACUGCCGCCCUGCUCGGCGUGGCUCAGGCCUACACCGUCAUCAGCGCCCCCGGCCCCUUUAUGCUCAAGAACAUCGACCCCAUAGUCUUCCCUGACCAAACCCCCAACGAUCUGUCCGUCUACUGGAUUCCCACGCCUCUCUUCACCAAGGAUGGCGGCAAGACGUACGAGCCCAUCCCUGUCGCCCGCUUCAGCGCCUACUACAACCUCGGCGAGGCGCCCGCGGAGGUGGCCAUCCCACAGAAUCUGAAAAUGGUCGCCGGCGACGCCCAGGCCAAGACCAAGGCUCAGGUGCCCGCCGACUCCAAGGCCGAGUGGUUCUGCGAGGGCGGCGGUGGCGGUGCCCUUGACGCCAACGGCUUCCCCAGCGCGACCUGCGGCACUCACCUCCAACAGCUUCUCUACUUCCCGAGUUGUGUCAAUGAGGCGACUCUCGAGACGGCCUACAAGUCCCGCACUCACGGCACCCCGAACUGGUGCCCCAAGGGCAUGAAGACAAUGCCUCAGCUUCGCUUCAGCAUCCGCUACAACCUCCGCAAGGUCCUCCCCCAACGGCUGGUCCGGCGGCCGCCGCCCCCUUCAAGCUCUCCUGCGGGCCCCGCUUGGUGCUCCCACGGCGACUUCAUCAACGGCUGGACCGAGGACUCGGCCCGCGCCAUGGUCCCCACCACCUCCUCCAAGCGCGACUUCUUCGGCGUCAAUGGCUCCCGCGGCGCCUACAAGGCCGGCGCCCAGUGCAAGGCCAUCGACGCCGACCCAACACGCGGCACUAGCGACUACGCCAAGAGCGUGGUCGUCAUGGGCAAGCGCAGCGUCGAUUCGGCCGGCUGGCAGUCGCGGUCCCGCCUCGUGCGGUCCGAGUAA